AUGCUGCUAGCGUGGCAGUCGGUGGCGCGAGCGUGGCUGUCCCCGGCUACACCGAUGCUGCCAGCGUGGCUGUCGGCAUCACAAGUGAUCCUGCCAGCGUGGCAGUCGGCGACGCGAGCGAGCAUCAGCGACGCAAGCGAUGCUGCUAGCGUGGCAGUCGGUGGCGCGAGCAAUGCUGCUAGCGUGGCAGUGAGCGACGCAAGCGAUGCUGCUAGCGUGGCAGUCGGUGGCGCGAGCGUGGCUGUCGGCGGCUACACCGAUGCUGCCAGUUUGGCUGUCGGCAUCGCGAGUGAAACUGCCAGCGUGGAAGUCGGCGACGCAGGCGGUGCUGCCAGCGUGGCAUUCGGCGACGCGAGCGUGGCUGUCGGCAACGCAAGCGAUGCUGCUAGCGUGGCAGUCGGUGGCGCGAGUGAUGCUGCCAGCGUGGCAGUCAGCGACUUAGGCGGUGCUGCCAGCGUGGCUGUCGGCAACGCAAGCGAUGCUGCUAGCGUGACAGUCCCCGGCUACACCGAUUCUGCCAGCGUGGCUGUCGGCGUCACAAGUGAUGCUGCAAGUGUGGCAGUCGGCGACUACAGCGAUGCUGCCAGCGAGGCAGUCGGCAACACAAGCGAUGCUGCUAGCGUGGCAGUCGGUGGCGCGAGCGUGGCUGUCGUCGGCUACAACGAUGCUGCCAGCGUGGCUGUCGACAUCGCGAGUGAUGUUGCCAGCGUGGCAGCGGGCGACUACAGCGAUACUGCCAGCGUAGCAGUCGGUAACGCAAGCGAUGCUGCUAGCGUGGCAGUCGGUGGCGCGAGCGGGGCUGUCGGCGGCUACACCGAUGUUGCCGGCAAGGCAGUCGGCGACUACAGCGAUGCUGCCAGCGUGGAAGUCGGUAACGCAAGCGGUGCUGCUAGCGUGGCAGUCGGUAGCUACACCGAUGCCGCCAGCGUGACUGUCGGCAUCGCGAGUGUUGCUGCCAGCGUGGCAGACAGCGACUACAGCAAUGCUGCCAGUGUGGCAGUCGGCAUCGCGAGUGAUACUGCCAGCGUGGCAGUGGGCGACUACAGCGAUACUGCCAGCGUGGCAGUCGGUAACGCAAGCGAUGCUGCUAGCGUGGCAGUCGGUGGCGCGAGCGUGGCUGUACCCGGCUACACCGAUGCUGCUAGCGUGGCAGUCGGCAUCGCAAGUGAUGCUGCCAGCGUGGCAGUCGACGACUACACCGAUGCUGCCUGUGUGGCUGUCGGUAUCGCGAGUUUGCUUCCAGCGGGGCAGUCGGCGACUACAGCGAUGCUGCCAGCGUGGCAGUCGACAACUACAGCGAUGCUGCCAGCGUGGCUGUCGGCGACGCAAGCGGUGCUGCCAGCGUGGCAUUCGGCGACGCGAACGUAG